UUCAUCAACACUUUCCAGGCAACUCUUGGCAGAAAAAAAGAAAAAAAAAAUGCACUCCUCCGACAGGUUACCAAUUCGCCAAGGUACCCCGUCGCAACUUCCACCCUUGAAGCGCCACCACUCCGCCCACUACUAUGCCCAUAGGGUCCGUGAAAGCCUGACCACCAGGGUUUCCAAAACACUGUGUGUCAUAUUUUUAUCACUUCUUUUAAUUGUUGGAAUUAUCAUGUUCAUUUUAUGGCUCAGCUUACGCCCCCAUAGACCAAGAUUUCAUAUUCACGAAUUUUCAAUUCCGGGUUUGGCUCAAGCCACCGGCUUUGAGAAUGCAGAAUUAAAUUUCAAUGUCACAGCCCGCAACCCCAACCAACAUAUUGGGAUAUAUUAUAACUCAACGGAAGCAUUUGUUUAUUACAAGGACCAACGGGUCGGGGCAACACCACUGGCGGAACCGUUUUAUCAAGAGCCUAAGAAUACGACUAUCUUGGCUGCUACAUUAAGUGGGGCGACUCUGACGGUGAAUAGCCAGCGUUGGAAGGAGUUCAUGAAUGAUCGUGCGCAAGGAAGGGUUGCAUUUCGUCUGGAAAUAGUAUCAAGCAUCAGAUUUAAGGUGUCCACAUGGUGGGAAUCUAAGCACCAUAGGAUGCAUGCUAACUGCGAUGCCAUAGUGGGCCAAGAUGGGUUGCUGUUGGCGACGUCUACAAAUAAGAGAUGUACUAUGUAUUUCACCUGAUUUUAAAUAAUUGUCUGUAAUAUUUGCUUUUACGCAUGAAGCUCUCGGACUAUUGCAGAUGAGUUGUGGGUUAAUUGUGAUUAUAUAAUUCGUUUGCAUAUAAAA